GUGUUGGAAUUGGAAUGAAAUUCUUAUAAGUUUUCUAUAAAUUCUAAAAUAAAAUUUCAUAUCAUAAUUAUCUGAUACUGACUCCUUGCCUUCAGCCUUCAGAAAGGUAUAAAAUUCAAGGGUUUAGUGUCACCAUGGCUAAAAACUCAUUCAAGCAUGAACUUCCUUUGGAGAGGAGACAAGCUGAAGCUUCUCGCAUCAGGGAAAAGUAUCCUGAUAGAAUUCCUGUAAUUGUAGAAAAAGCUGAAAGGACUGAUGUUCCUGAUAUCGAUAAGAAGAAAUACCUUGUGCCGGCUGAUUUGACUGUGGGGCAGUUUGUCUACGUUGUCCGGAAAAGGAUCAAGCUUGGUGCUGAGAAGGCUAUAUUUGUCUUUGUGAAGAACACUUUGCCUCCAACUGCUUCAUUGAUGUCUUCAAUCUACGAAGACAACAAAGAUGAAGACGGGUUUCUUUACAUGACAUACAGUGGAGAGAAUACAUUUGGGUUCCAUAGAGAGCAACCGAGUCUAUCUACUUAAACAAAACCCCGGAAGAUGUAAAUUCUCAUCAAUCUGUCAAGUCUAAUGCUUUAUUUUGCUAUCUUACUUUGCUUUUUAGCUGUGAUAGGACUGGAGGAAGUUGAUUUUACAUGCAACUGAAUGGAUCUAUUAAAUAGCAUAUUGUUUUGAGGUUGUUUAAAUGUAAAUCAAACCUUGAAAUGUUUCUGCUGCUUAAUUUAAAUACAAGUUUGACUCU